AUCACAAGGUAUAUAUUAUAGCCUGCCCCUGUUUGUAUAGACCCACAGAACUGGCUGCCACUCAGACUAGACUUGCAUCUUACGGACUGUCCAGGUCUUGAGUGUUUUCCAUACCGAGGUUGUCAACAGGAUGGCCCUUCUCGAUUAUCCCGUUCCCGAGCUGGAUGUCACCUUGCAGGAGGCUAGUCGUGUGCUGCAGCUCACCCUGGAGCCUGAGCUCUACCCCCAGUACAUCAGCACCCUGAGCCAGCAGAGGGGGCUUCUGGAGGAGGCCCAAGCCCGCUUGGGAGCCGCUGCCUCUGGAAGGGAGAACUGGGUGACGGAACAGUUCAAAUCCCGGCUGCUGUCAUGCACGGACCCUCUGCCCACCUCCACUGCCAUCCCCUCCGUGCUACCCCCCUCCCAGGUAGAACGCUCCCAAGCGGAGAGGGCAGCAGCCCUGAUGUGGGCGGUGGCAAAGAUGUACACAGAGCCUUCAUUGGUGGAGGGGGAUGUUCCAACUGAACGCACACAGCAGUCUGAAGUAUUUGCUACUAGCCGUAUUCCCGGCAGCACUCAGGAUCAGAUUCAGGUGUAUCCAGAAAGCCUCCAUGCCAUCAUCAUCAGCUCAGGUGGAGUGUUUUCUGUCAACAUACUGGAGCGCUCCGCCACAGGAGGACCCAUGUCCCCUCUGCCUUUCCUCCACAUCUACAGCCAGGUGCUUCAUGUGCUGAACCAGCCACCAGCUGGGGAGGAAAACGCUCCCCGGGCCAUCUGCAGCCUCUCGGCCCUGCAGCGCCAGGCAUGGAGCUCCGUGAGGGAGGACAUCCUCAGGAGAGGAGGGCCCACUGCUGCCUCUCUGGGGGUGAUGGAGAGCGCACUGGUGGCUCUCUCCCUGGAAGACUGCAAUCCACCGUCUGACCUGGCGGACACCCUGAACGCCGUCCGGCUGGGCGGGGGCGACGGGUCCUGUCUGAGAUACUAUGACAAGGUGGUGAAUCUGGUGGUGUUUAAAGACAGCACAGCGGGCUUGGUGUUUGAGCACAGUGCCUUGGAUGGGAUGGUGGCAGGGCUGGUAGCUGAGAGUGUCUUCUACUUGUCAGAAUCAGUUAGCUCAGACCUCACCCAGGCUAACGUAGUGAGCAGCGAUGGAUCCACCAUCGCUAACACUGACUCCCCCACUCCGGGUCCACUGUUGUUUCCAAUGCAGGGUAUAACCAACCCUAGCCCGAGUCCCCCCCUUAAAGCAACCCACCCAGUCCUCACAUUUGAGGUUUCCUCUUACGCAGAUGUAUUCUCAACCUUGCAAGGUCACAGGGGCUUAUACGAUGCAUGGAUCAACUUUUCCUUACAGCUUUCCUUGAGGCAAACUCUAGGGGACUUUGCCGCCACCCACAUCCUGGUAACACCUACCCACAUGCGCCACUACAAACAUGGCCGCUGUGACCCGACAUACUCUCUCACCAUGAAGUCUCGCCAGCUCGUGGGAGCAUUGGCGUCCUGUGUGGGACCAGACAACAUCCCUCAGUACACCACUGACCUCCUACGCCUCUUCCACGCUGCGUUCCUGGAGCAUAAGAACCUCAUCAAAGCCACCAAAAGUGGCCAUGGUGUCGGGCCUCACCUCGCUGCCCUCCGCUGGGCUCUGUCUCCAGACAACCCCCUCAAAAGGUUCUUGGAACCCUUUGGAUGUCCGUCCGUGUAUCUCACAGGCAAGGAUGUGAUGGAGGGCGUGGAGUGUGCGGUGGGAAACGUUUAUGCCAAAGAUCAGCUGGCUGUCACGUACCUGGGAAGGAGCGACAGAGUCCGCAUGGUGCUCAACGGGAAAGGAAGCUUUGCCACAAUCCUGGAGAGGCUUCAAGAUAGCCUGAAGGUCACACUUAAGCUGGUAAUGUUGCUUGCUGUCAGAUAUGCGCUUGCAGGUCAGAUGGGAGCCCUGGAGUGCCUGCUACAGGAAGGACAGGCUGGACAAAUGAACGACUUGGUUGAGGGGAAAAUCUGCCCGAGUUGUGUCCCUGUAGGCCCAAGGUCGGGCAGAAAAGUGUCCAAGCAAACCCUGACCUCUGACCCAGCCACUGCCAACUUGAAACAAGACUUUACUUUGGUGAUCCACGGAGGAGCUGGGGAGGUGAUGAUGCUGAACCAGAAGGUCGUGGGAGUCAUUGAAUUUGCCCUCCAGACAGCCCUGACCCUCGGGGCGCGAGUGCUCCAGGGAGGAGGCAGUAGUCUAGAUGCUGUGCAGACGUCCGUGGCAGCCCUGGAGGACUGCUUCCUCUUCAAUGCUGGGAAGGGCUCCGUGUUCAACCACGAAGGCAAGAAUGAGAUGGAGGCGACCAUAGUGGACGGCAGUGGGAUGACCUCUGGCUCAGUGGCCUGCCUUCAGAGUGUGAAGAACCCGAUAAAUGCCGCUCGACACGUUAUGGACAAAAGUGCACACUCACUGCUAGUAGGGGAAGGUGCAGAGGAGUUUGUACAAGGCUUGGAGGGGAGCGCAAAGCCUAUGAGGGCAGAGUACUUUCACACUGAUGUUCGUCGCAGGGAGUUAAUGGCAAAGCUUAGCGCAGGCAACGCCUCCAAAAACAACCACCCACAGACUGUUGGCGCUGUGGCGUUAGACCGCCAAGGCAAGCUAGCAGCUGCGACAUCUACAGGCGGGUUGGUUGGGAAAUGGAAAGGCAGAGUUGGAGAUACAGCAGUAGUUGGAGCAGGAAUAUAUGCUGAUGAUAAGUUAGCAGUGACCUGCUCAGGGGAUGGGGACGUGUUCCUCCGCCACACGGUUGCUCAGAAAGUGGCCGGCCUCUACCACCAUAAAGGCUCCAGUCUGAGACAGGCCUGUCGAGAGCUGAUGACUGAGAACCUGAAGGGGAACUGUGCUGGGAUCAUCGCUGUAGACGCCAAAGGUGACGCUGUAAUUGAGACCAACGCUGGGGUGAUGUUUGUGGCCUCUAUGAUCAGUGGUAUUACCCGCGUUGAAGUCAUCAGACCCAUGAAGAGUCCCUUUAACGUGAUCUGGGAAACCGACGACCUUGUGGCUUACUUACACUCCAGGCCCUGGACCCCUGGUGCCACCAUUCUGACACGCAAGACCCUUAGUGGGCAAAACAGCAUCUUUAAGUUACCCCUGCCAGAUUUUCUAGAAAUGUUACGAGGGGCAAAGGCUGUUGCUAGUUUGCUGUGUGAAAGAUUGGGGGUGCAGCGCUGUGCCUUGGUAUCUCAACCACAGCCUGAUCAGCCUGCCCAAAUCAGAGUGCUGCCGCUCCAUAGCUUGGAGGUUGAAUGGAAGCCCCACCUAGCUUCGGAGGAGGACUUCCAGGUCUAUGAUCCAGGAUACUGCAGCUCAAAGAGCGGCCCGCGCUGGGAGGACCAAGAUCUGGACCAGGUCCAGGCCAAGAUUCAAAACAAGCUUCCCACACCAAACGCACCCUCCAGCUAUGAUUAUUUAGGAGAGCCUUCCGACGAUAGCCUGUUCUCACGUAUAGUGCGUGGCCAGGAGCCACAGUGGCGCGUGUGGGAGGACAAUGAACAUGUGGCCUUCCUCACUCCCUACCCCAACACGCCUGGUCUUACUGUCCUGGUGCCACGCAAACCACUGACCAGCGACAUCUUCCGCCUGAAAGACUCUGACUACACGUCCCUGAUUGUAGCGGCUCGUAAAGUGGCCGGUCUGCUGGUGGAAGGACUGAGAGCACGAGGUGUUGCUCUGAUCUUCGAGGGUUUUGAGAUUGAUUACGCUCACGUGAAGCUGAUCCCUCUGGUCCCGUCACCGAACUCCGAGCCUGCUUCCCUGCAGCAGGAGUAUGUCACGGCCUAUCCUGGAUACAUCUCAUCUGCUGAUGGCCCCCCCGCUAGCCCUGAGACCCUGAGAGAGAUCUACACCAGGAUCUCACUCUGCCGGCCCCCCCGCUCCUGGGAGGACCCCCAGACUCACUCUGCCUUGGCCAUUAGAAGCCAGUGGUACCGCAAUCUCUUCCAGAUUCAGAACACUCUCUUCCACAGCACUGUGGAAUACUUCCACAACACCUGCCAGUAUUCCUAUGCUCUGACGCCUCUCACCACAGACACCAUAUCCUCCCCUAUGGGCCUGGGAUCAGACUCUGAGCCUGUGUUUGUCAACAUGCUGGGGCAGGGCGUCUACCUGGCUGACUCCAUGCAGUUUGUGCUGGAGUAUUUCCUGCGCUUCCAAGAGGACCUGCCAGGCACCUACUACGUGUCUCCAAGCUUCAGAGGAGAGGAUCCAGACGCUACGCACUUGAACCAGUUUUACCAUGUGGAGUGUGAGCUGCUUGGUGACAUGGAUGAUGCCAUGAACACAGCAGAGGGCUAUGUGGCCAACCUAACCAAAGCUAUGCUCAAGAAGCACUCUGACAUCAUACUGAACACUGCUGGGACCCUCUCCCAUGCACGAGACCUGCUGGAGAAGCUGGAUGGAAGAGCCCCUCUUCCAAGAGUCACGUUGGACCAGGCCAUUCCCAUGAUGCCAUCUGCAGACUGUCUGGAGUGGGUCCAGGAUGGCCAACCCCAGUUUGGCAGGAAACUGACACGCAAAGGAGAGCGGGUGUUGAUUGAGAAGUAUGGAGGAGCCGUCUGGCUGACAGAGAUGGACCACUUAGGUGUGCCUUUCUAUCAGGCCUAUGUGGAACAUACUGGCAAAUGCAAGGCCAAAGCAGCCGACCUGCUCCUGGGUCUGGGAGAGACUGUGGGUCUGGGGGAGCGCCACUCCACUCCUGAGAUGGUGCAGGACGCCCUGAGGCACCACCUCGUGCCUGAGGAGUCCUACAGGUGGUACAUCAACAUGAGGCAGGUCAUCCCUCUCCUCACCAGUGGAUGGGGAAUGGGCACCGAGCGCUACCUGUGCUGGCUGCUCCAACACGAUGACAUCAGAGACAUUCACAUCAUCCCCCGCAUGAAAGCCAGGAAGUAUAUGCCCUGAAGCCAAGAAGUACAUGCCCUGAAGCCAGGAAGUACAUGCCCUGAGAUGCCCUCAGAACCUUCUCUUCCAAAGCGUGGGAUCACUGUCAAUUAACAGAGAGAUACUGUACAUCAGUGAACUGAGGACUGAAGCAGAGUGUGUGUGUCUGUGUGUGUGUGUGUGAGAGAGAGAGAGAGAGAGAGAGAGAGAGAGAGAGAGAGAGAGAGAGAGAGAGAGAGAGAGAGAGAGAGAGAGAGAGAGAGAGAGAGAGAGAGAGAGAGAGAGAGAGAGAGA